AUGAAUCCUUGUUAUAGUACAUGCAAAAAGAAAUCAAUAUCAGAUAUGACUCAUGGACGAAUUACAGGUGAAAGACAAUCAAUUCGUGAUUUAAUUGAAAAUAAAUAUCUACAUGAAUGGCUGCAUAAAACUGCAAUACGUCGUUGUAAAGAAGUUUUAAAUAAUAAUACACCUGUGAGUAAAAAAGAAUUUUUAUCAACAUCAAUCGAAUGUUUUUGA